GCGCUCUAUCUUAACCAUAGAAUGCACAGGCACGGAGCCAGUUUCUUCGUCUCCCAGACAUGUCUGAGCCCAAAGGGAGUGGAUUGGGCUUGGAUCCAGCGUCCCCUUCAACCCCCCGUCGCGCCUGGCCUCGCCAGCUGAUCGUCCUCGCAGCGCUCGCCGUCGCAGCUGCCUUCCAAUUCCUUCCAUGCAAGAACGCCACACAACACCCACAGGAGGUCGGCACCGUGCACUGGAAACCUGCGUCUGAGUGCAACGAAAACACGGAUUGUGGUUCAGUCAUCGUUCCCAAGGACUAUUUCAAUCCAGAUGCCGGCACCGCGUCUAUUGCCAUUGCGCGCUACCGGGCUACCAAGUCCCCCAAACGAGGCACAGUGUUCAUGAAUCCCGGCGGCCCCGGCGGUUCGGGCCUGCGUCUGGCUAGUGAGACGUUCGCUGAUAUCGUCGGCCACGAUUGGGAUCUGUUGGGCUUCGACCCGCGGGGUAUCGGCCAGACUUCCCCGCAAGUAGCCUGCUUCGAAAGCGCCGAGGACUACAAUUUCUUCGUCUCGAACACCGUACUCGAGCAGGGCUACAACGUACUGUCUUCGUCCAACCGCUCGGAUCCGGCGUUGGAGGCAUCCUUCGUGGAACAGUCGCGCGAGUUCAUCGCGCUCAAGAAGACGCAGGCGGAGCUCUGCGCAAAGAACAUGGGGGACGAGCUGCGGUACAUGGGCACGGCGAACGUGGUCAGGGACAUGGAUCUCAUGGCCCAGCUGUUUGACGGGAAAGGCGCAAAGAUAAACUACUGGGGCGCGUCAUACGGUUCCAUCCUAGGCGCGUAUCUCGUGAACAUGUUGCCCCACCGAUCCGGGAAAGUCGUUAUUGACGGCAUCGCUGACCCUGUCAGCUGGUCCACCGAGCCGUCUCAUCUGUGGGCUGCCAACUGGGUGGCUUCAGCGGAAAAGACGUACAUCUUCUACCUCGAGACGUGCUCCAAGGCCGGCCCCGAGGCGUGUCCUCUUGCGCAAUACGAGGGCGAGUUGUACCAGGACAUUAUGGACCGCAUCGAGGCAUUUUUGGACAAGCUAGUCGGCACACCUCUGCCGGUGCCCUUUGGUGUGCGACCAGGAUAUCUCACCUCCGGCGCUGCUCGAUCCCUGUUACUGAUGUAUCUCGAACGGCCGCCCCAGUACGCCGAGGCAGCCCUCGCAUUCAGCCAAGCCAUGGCCGGCAACGGAACGCUCCUCUUCAACAAACUCGUCACGAAGCGCCCCGACAGCGUGCCGCACACCGACCUAACGCGCCUCGGCGUGACCUGCAUGGACUCGCCGCCGCCAGCAUCGCGGCGCGACAUCCCGACGCCCGAGGACCUGGCCAAGGCGCUGCUGCUGGCGAUGGAGGCGUCGCCGCACUUUGGCGCGAGCGUGCUCGUCGGCGAGCCCGACGGCGGGUGCCAGUACUGGCCUGUGCGCGGGCCGGAGCGGUUCGCGGGGCCGUGGAAUGCGACGCUCGAGUGGCCGAUGCUCAUUGUUAGCAACACGAUGGACCCCAUUACGCCCAUACAGAGCGGUCUGCGGAUCAACUCGCUCAUGGGCAACUCAACCCGCAUCAUCGUGCAAGACGGACCAGGGCACUGCUCGACAGCAACCCCCAGCCCGUGCACCGUCAAGCUCGUCCAGAACUACUACGCCGGGAUCUUGCCUGAAAACGGGACUGUCUGCGACACAUCCUUCGACUACUUUCCCGAUUCGCAAGAGGUGUCUGGGCUCGAGGCUCUGGGUGUGGAGGACGAGAAGUUGAUGCGAUCUGUACUGGAUGCAGGCAAGAUUCUACAAGAUAUCCAGCGCCGUUGGUAGAAGCGACUGCACCACAACCGUACCACACCAAUGAAGUAAUCUCUCUCAUGCACUUGUCCGAAUACCCCUGUCUCCAAAAGGAAAUCUCCGCUCCAGCAAAUUGGCAAGACCG